AUGUAUGCAGACAGUGAGAAGAAUUUGGAACAAGCUGUGUUGGAUAUUAAACAAUUAUCAAAUGAUUUCCAAACCGCGCCAGAUCCGGUGCUGUUCGACGAGAGCCUGGUGGCGUCGUACGAUGAUAUGCUGGACGCUGAUUGCGACGAGGACUGCGAUCUCGACUGUUCGAUGACGGUGUCGGGGGCCGGCAGGCGCGCGGCUCACGACGCGUUUCGCGGAGUUCCGGAAACGCGCGUGGCGCAGAACCUGCACUUGUGCGCGUGCAUCGAGCUCAAACACCGGACGGUGGACACGGACGACGACAUCAUCGAGCAGACCGCCGAGUUUUGGCUGGGCGGCGGUGACGGCGACGACGACAUCAAGGUGAAGGUGUGCAAAACGUUUUUCGCCCACACCCUAGGACUGCCGGACUCGCGGCUGGAGGCGCUGCUCGAGCCGCGCACCUUUGAAUGGUUCUCGAGGCACCGCGACUGCGGCAGAUCCUUCGGCGAACGUGACAGUGACGACUGCGGCAACGGAGAUGUAGACGAUGACGGAGAUUACGACGACGACUUCGAGCACCGCCGACGGCGUUCCCCAGUAACAACGUUCGGCGACAACGACGAAAUACCCUGUUCAGAUUUCGUGCUAAAUUCAAGAAAACAUUUGGACAAAAACAAUUCGGCUUUUGUCGAAGAAACAGAUUCGGACGUAGAAGUAUAUUUGGACGAAAUACCACAUUCAGUCUACAAUAACGUUAUACGUCAUAUACAAACAAUACCAAGAGUGGUGAGCACUUGGAUAAGCCAAGAAAACAAGCAGGAAACGUUAAAAUUCGAAUGUAGUAUUGAUUGUCAUUCUUUGUAUUUAAAUUAUUUGAAAAAAUCGAAGAAGAUUAAAAAUAAAGUAAACGAAAAGCAGUUUAAGAAAAUUUAUAAUAGAUACGUUAAGAAAAGUUUUAUGGUAUAA